AUGUAUCUGGUUACCCCAUGGGGGCGGAGCUCUCCGUUCCAGCUCUACGACGUAGAGAAGAGCGCCGGUGUGCUGCACCCGGCGAAGCAAGUCGAGACGGGGCCAGAGUCUCACGAUGAAGCCGAGGUUGUCCCCAUGUCGAAGCUGCAGCAGGCGCUUCUCAAGAUCAAGGUAGAGACAAGAGGUAUUGAACGUGUCCCCGACGACGAGCGGACAGACACUUCUUACCUCAAUGUCGGGUCCAUGUGGCUUGCCGCCAACAUGGUGGUUCCCUCCUUUGCCAUUGGCGCUUUGGGGAAACCGCUGUUUGGCGUUGGCUUUCUUGACUCUGUUCUAGUCAUCAUCUUUUUUAACCUGCUGGGAAGUGCAACGGUGUGCUUCUUCUCCAUGUUUGGCGCUGCUUUUGGCCUGCGCCAGAUGACGCUCUCCAGGUUCUGGUUUGGUUGGUGGGGUGUCAAAAUAAUUGCCGUCUUCAAUAUUCUAGCCAGUGUCGGUUGGGCUGCGGCAAACAUCAUCAUCGGCGCACAGCUUAUACACGCAGUCAACAACGACGUCCCAGGAUACGCCGGCAUUCUCAUCAUUGCGUUCUGCACGCUUUUGGUCGUAUUCUUCGGAUACAAAGUAGUCCACGCCUACGAAUUUUGGAGUUGGAUGCCGACCUUUAUCGUGUUCCUGAUUGUGCUAGGAGUUUUCGCUCACUCUGGCGAUUUCGUCAACACGCCAUCACACAGUGGCAAAAGGGAGCUCGGCGCAAUCCUCUCCUACGGCUCGACUGUCUUUGGCUUCGGUACUGGAUAUACACCUUUUGCGGCCGAUUAUACAGUCUAUCAGCCCAGCAACCGACCGCGGCGCAACAUCUUCUUCGCUACCUGGCUUGGAAUUUAUCCAACCUUGCUAUUCACAGAAAUUCUGGGAGCUGCCGUCAUCACUGCGACCGCGCUCAAUGGAGGGGACAAUGUCUAUCAGAAAGGAUAUUCAGACUCAGGAAUCGGCGGCCUUUUGGGUGCCGUUUUGUUCGAGCGACUAGGUGGCUUCGGAAAAUUCUGCGUCGUUAUCUUGUCUCUCUCAAUCGUCGCCAAUAACUGCCCAAACAUUUACUCCGUGUCGCUUACACUCAUGGUCCUCGGUCGCUGGACUCGCAAAGUCCCGCGAUUUCUUUGGUCGACUCUCGCCACUGGCAUUUAUAUCGCCAUUGCUAUCCCUGGUUACAGUCAUUUUGAAACGGCUCUGGAGAACUUUAUGAAUUUGAUCGCAUACUGGCUUGCGAUUUACGAAGGUAUAGUCCUGUCUGAUCACUUCAUCUUCAAGCGCGGCUUCUCUGGGUACCGCCCGGAAAACUAUGAAGACCGCACUAAGCAGCCACUCGGAAUUGCCGCGGGUAUCGCUUUCUGCUUCGGUGUUAUGGGCAUGGUUCUGGGUAUGAGCCAGUCUUGGUGGGAGGGUCCAAUUGCGAAGCAUGCAGGAACGCCUCCUUUCGGUGGCGAUGUUGGAUUCGAGUGUGCUUUCGCUUUUUCCUCUGUGACGUAUAUCAUCAUACGCACAGUUGAGCUCAAGUAUUUCGGACGGUAA